CGAACCACAGAAAUCGAAAAGUGGAAGAAGAAGACUGAUCGAAAAGGUGUUACAUGGAUUGAGAGAAGUGAUGAACACGAGUCGAAGGGAAAGGAUUGGGAAGAGAAAUCGGCAGAGUGGAAAUUGAAGGGUUGAGGACUAAAACAGUGACGAAGAAACGGGACAAUGGGAAAGAAAAGAAGGAUCAUCGUCUUCCCAAAAUCCCAUGGCGACGAUGAUUCCGCUUCCCCUUCCACUUCCGCUUCCGCUUCCGCUUCUUUUGUGACAUCCACAAGAUAUGAAAAACCAAUCCAUUACAUCCUCAAAAUUCAAUCUUUUUCAUUACUGAAGGAGGCUGUUGCUAGUUCCCCAUGUCAAAGAUUUGAAUCCCAGAAAUUCUAUGCCGGCGGUUCUGAAUGGAAGUUAGCCCUGUAUCCCAAUGGAGAUCGGAGAAGAGACGUGUCUGAUCACAUUUCUCUGUAUUUGGUUAGGGUUGAAAAUAACAUUUUAUCAACUACUUCAGAGGUUAAUGUAGUGUUUACUUUUCUUGUUUAUGAUACUCUCAGAGGAAAAUAUUUGACAGUGCAAGAUGAGAAAAUGAGACAAUUUAGUGCAACGAAGAGAGAAUGGGGGAUUGAAAAGUUGCUUCCACUUAACACUUUCAGUGAUGCUUCAAAUGGUUUCUUAGUUGAUGAUUGCUGUGUAUUUGGAGUUGACAUUUUUGUCAUGAAUUGUAAUGUUGAGAAGGGUGAGGUUUUUUCCUUGAUCAAGCAGCCAAAUAAUUACAAAUAUACAUGGAAACUCGACAACUUUUCAAAAUUACUAGAUUGUUCUUUUUGGGAAUGUAAUUCCUUUAGAGUGGAGAACUGCUGGUGGAAGAUACGAUUGUUCCCAAGUGGAGAUUGGCAAGCGAAACCAGGCUUCUUUUCCAUGUACUUGAUGUUGAGCAAUUUGAUAGCACAUCCAAAAGGUGCUCAAGUAUAUGUGGAAUAUGAGAUGGCUGUAUUGAGUCAACUUGAAGCUGUACCACCAGUAAAAGAAACUUAUACUUGUUGGUUUAAAUCUGGUUGUAUAGAAAUUUACAAAGGAUGUGGUGCUUCAAACUUCAUGUCAUUGAGCGAUCUCAAAGAACGGACGAAAGGAUAUCUUGUGAAUGACACUCUGGUUGUUGAAGUGAAAAUUAAUGUCAUCUCUACCAUAAAAAAAAUUGUAUAGAAGCCAAAUACUGUUGUUUUAGUUUGGUAACAUUAAAGCUGCAACUUCCUGCAUUUGGCUGUUCUUUUUUGUGGUUAAAUGUAUGGGAUUUCUUGUUCAAUGUUGCAUGCUUCUAUAGUUUUGGAAUAUACUUGAUAGAAAAAUAUUAUCAUGUUCUUCGUGUGAGCUCAAAA